AUGCAGGUUGAGAAGAUCUUUGAAGUCCUGCAAUGCACUGAGGAACAGAAGGUUAGGCUGGGAACCUUCAUGUUAGAAGGAGAUGUUGAGCAUUGGUGGGGCUCAGUGAAGCAAUCAUGGGAACGGUCAGGGACAAAAGUAAACUGGGACACUUUUCUGGAGGCCUUUAAUGAGAAGUACUUCCCUGAUUCUGUAAAGGAGAGGAAAGAAGUAGAGUUUAUAGAAUUGCAACAAGGGAAGUUAACAGUGGAGCAGUAUGCGGCUAAGUUUUUAGAAUUGUCUCGAUAUGCGCCGCAUGUUAUCAAUAUGGAGGCUCAAAAAGUAAAUAAGUUUGAGAGGGGCCUUAUGCUGGAUAUUCGAGGAAGAAUAAUGGCGGCCAAUCUUAAGACUUUUUCCCCACUGGUGGAUCUGGCCAGGAAAAUAGAGAGAGAUUGUGAUGAAUACCGACUGAGGAAGGAGCAGCACAAGACAAGGCCCACGCCUUCGAGAGAUUUCCAAGAGAGAGGAGAUCAGAGACAUGACAACGCCCAGAGGACUUUUCAGGGCGAUAUUAGACAGAAGCAGCCAGUGCCAUGUGGUUCUUGUGGGAAGCUCGGUCACGCGGCUCCCGAGUGCUGGCUAAGGACGAAGCCAUGUUUUAAGUGUGGCAAACUGGGCCACUUGAUCAGAAUUGCCUCGUGA